GUAUUGUUUCAUACAACAGGACCCAGACUGCAGUUCAACGCCAUCUCGAGCCUCCUCGACGGCAACUUCGUCUACGGCACGACCAAGGAAGUCGUGGACGCCCUGCGGACCUACGAAGGCGGCUUCCUCAAGACGCUGCCCGUGUUCCAGGAGUUCGGGCUCAAGGACCUGUUGCCGCUCAAGACGACGGACCCGGACGACGGGUGCCUCCGCCCGCAACCCGACAUCUACUGCUUCCUGGCCGGCGACAACCGAGUCAACGAGCAGCUCGUCCUGUCCGUCGUGCACACGCUGUUUGUGCGGGAACACAACCGGAUCGUGUACGAGUUGCAGCGCAUCAACCCGCACUGGGACGACGAAACCCUGUACCAGGAAGCAAGGCACAUUGUGGUGGCACUCAUUCAGCACAUCACAUACAAUGAAUUCCUCCCCAUGGUACUUGGCAAAGAGGUCAUGCACAAGUAUGGCUUGAUUUUGCAAAAGGAGGCAAGUGGUUACUUUGGAGGCUAUGAUCCCAAGGUUAAUCCCUCAGCAGCAGAAGCAUUUGUGACCUCAGCCUUCAGAUUUGGACAUUCACUCCUCCCAUCCACAAUUGAGAGAUGGUCUACACACCACAAAUACAUUGGGUCUCAGAGACUGAGUGAACUGCUGAGACAGCCAUAUGACUUGUACAAGGGUGGCUGGUGUGACCAGUACAUGUGUGGUCUGGUGAACCAAGUGGCCCAAGCCAUGGAUGACUCAGUGACCCAAGAAGUGACCAACCAUCUGUUCCAAAUGCCUGGGAUGCCAUUUGGCUUUGACUUGGCAGCAUUCAACAUGCAGAGAGGCAGGGAACAAGGAGUGCCCUCUUACAACCAAUUCAGACACUUUUGUGGUCUCCCCAAGGCCAGGCACUGGCAUGACCUCCUGGGUACCAUGCCUAAUUCCACCGUCAAGCGGUACUCUGAAAUUUAUGGGGCUCCUGAUGACAUUGACCUCUGGUCAGGAGGCUUGUCAGAGCGGCCUCUACCAGGCAGCCUGGUUGGUCCCACUUUUGCCUGCAUCAUUGGCCUGCAAUUCAGGGAUCUGAAGGUUGGAGAUAGAUUCUGGUUUGAAAAUGGGGGAUGGCCAAAUUCAUUUACUCUUGAACAACUGCAAGAAAUCAGACAAAUGAAGCUGUCACGGCUCAUCUGUGACAACAGUGACAAGAUUGAGGAAGUGCAGGUGUAUGCCAUGGUGUUGCCUGACCAUGACAUGGCUCCUGAUGACAUUGACCUCUGGUCAGGGGGCUUGUCAGAGCGGCCUCUGCCAGGCAGUCUGGUUGGUCCCACUUUUGCCUGCAUCAUUGGCUUGCAAUUCAGGGAUCUGAAGGUUGGAGACAGAUUCUGGUUUGAAAAUGGGGGAUGGCCAAAUUCAUUUACUCUUGAACAACUACAAGAAAUCAGACAAAUGAAGCUGUCACGGCUCAUCUGUGACAACAGUGACAAGAUUGAGGAAGUGCAGGUGUAUGCCAUGGUGUUGCCUGACCAUGACAUCAACCCAAGAGUGCCAUGCAAGAGUGGAAUCCUGCCCAGGAUUGACCUGUCUCACUGGAAGGACACCAGAUACCCUGGCCCAGCUCCACUGCCUGUGCCAGGCCCCACUGUGGAAAGACGCGAGGAGGACUCAGCAGGAGCGACAUCUAAGCAGUCCAGACAAGACGUCCCAAUUAGCUCCCAGCAGCAGCGGCAGCAAGCGAAUCAAACCGCUGUGUUCGGACCCCCAAAACCCAAGGCCAGCAAGAGGAAAGACACCAAUUCCGAGCCGUAUUACAGAAACAACUACAAGAACAACAGCAGCAGGAAUCAACACCAUCAUCAACAGCAACCUCGUCAUCGACAGCAUAAUAAUAAUAAUACUACUUCUAAUGCUAAUCAACAACCCACUCGCCUCCUGCCCGAGUCGGAGAUUUUCGACCGCAAGACCGGCACCAACAGCGACACCUACGCGCAAAGUCUAGAAGAUAAAAUAUCCGAGCCCGAGGGCCCCAGCAUAGAGGACGAAAACUACGUCGGCGGGGAUGACAUGUCCAUUCCCACUGGCACUGGGAUUGGAACCCCCGGGAAAGUCAGAGUCGUUCACCACGGUGCGAACGGUGUCAAGAGCAUCACCUACGUGAGCCCAAAGGCACUCAAGUCCGUCAUCGCGCCAUCUAGCUACGGCUUCGGAAGCUUGCCGCCGCCGGGCUCCCCGCCCGGCAUAGUGGUCCACCACUUCCAUCCCCCUACACUCACGAUUCAUGAACACCCGUCGAGUUUGGCCUUGUUGCCGGGUUCGGCGCCUGCCCCUUUGCCGCCACCGCCGCCUAAACAUGCAGGAGGUGGGAAUAAUAAGAAGAAGAGGAAGAAUAAUAGGGGCAAGAAAAAGUCUAGAAUAUCAGGGUGGUUCAAGAGAAAUGACUGA